AAUCCCCAGCGCUCGACCCAUCAUUCACCAUGCCGCGAGGAAGAAAGCGAAAUACAACAGAUCCGUUGACGGAAUCCAGCAAACCAAGAAGACGUAGAAAGGUGAAAGCUGAACCAGGCACCUCUUCCAGUGAUCCUGCGUCAUGGCCCUCAGAAGAACAAAAGCCAGUGAGGAUCAAAGUCGAACCAGUCGAACUCCAUCAAGAAGUGAGUCAUUGGACCUGUAGCACUCUUCACGGCUACUCCUAUCCUUAUCUUUAUGCGAAAGAUGGCGUUAUGGUGAAUAAGGGAGUCAAUGAGUUAGCGGAACGAGUGGAAGACCAGCAAGUGGAGCUACCGUCGAUCGACCUUCUCAAUGGUAUCCAUAUGGUUGGAGCCAAUCGGUUAUUUAAGCAACAUGAGGGUUUAACCCAUGGAUUAUUUCGGCGGAGCGCUUUAUUUGCUUUAGGAGUGUUGAUGGAAGAGUGGGCCAAGCAAACAGCCGAGGAUUUGAAAUGGGUAGAGGAUGUCGAUAAUAGCUUAGAAGGAAACCAAAAUGGCGAUACUGCUGGCUGAAUGUGACAUGACUGCCCUCGAUUGACAGCAGCUAAACUUGCCAGUGUCUUGACCGUGCCAAAAUAUCGUUUACACCCUUUCAUCAGCAUUCACCGCUACCGCAGUUUGACAUCCACCCAUGUCACAUAGCAAGGAACCGACGCAACGCCUUCGGAUAAUACCAGAACGCAAUUUCCAUUUUGCUAGUUAUUACCCAUCUAACCCCGCAUUUGUAAAUUCUUACACUACUUUCUUUUAAUCUAUUGGUUAUGUAGCAGUUU